AUGGGUCUUCUCAGUCCAAGAGCAGGCAGCUUUGGCUGUGCUAUACCUGACCAUCUUGAACAAAGCGGCGGUGGCCCCUUCGUGGGAAAGCUCACAUUCUACCAAUUCAACAUGAUCGUAUCUGGUUGCUGCACUGCGAUCGUAUUAGUCUUAAUCUUGGGCUUGAUGGGACGACAUGCGAUGCGCAUGAGCAAUCCGAACGAACAAGUCAAAAUAAUGCGCAUUUGCAACCUCAUCCCCUCCUACCAAGUCCUGUCCUUCAUCUCAAUCUGCUUUCCAAAUUCCUACAUCUACCUCCAAGGUUUCACCGAGGUGCUCCAGGGUGUCGCUCUAUAUGCCUUCCUCAUGCUACUCUGCGACUUCAUGGCUCCCGAUGAUAAGAGUAAAGUGGAGUUCUUUUCUUCACUGGAGACGAAAAGACAGUGGCAGCCGAAGAAGAAAAGGAAUGGUCUUGCGUUCUUGAGUUUGACUUGGUACUCCGUGCUGCAAUACCCAGUCAUCACCUGGAUUGCCGCUGUCUCUCAAGUGGUGACCCAGUCACUACACGUUUACUGCCUCGAUAGUACAGCGCCUCAUUUCGCUCGUGUUUGGCUGCAAGUGAUCACCUCACUAUCGACAUCCAUAGCCAUCAACGCCAUCCUCCAAUUCUAUAUGAACAUGAAGGGAUACAUGACUGAGCACAGGCCACUCCUCAAGCUGAUGGCAUUCAAGCUGACUGUCGGACUAGUUCUCCUGGAGAAGAUCCUUUUUCUCAUCCUUACAGGAACAAAAGUCCUCAAGCCCACCGCCUCGAUGACCUACAUCGACGUGAUGAUGGGCCUCCCGACAAUGGUAAUCUGCGCACAGAUGGUGCCGCUCUCUUUCCUUGUCCUCUAUGCCUACCGCACAAAACCCUACGAAAUCUCGACCUCGGUGCGCGCCCUCCAACCUCAAGAAUAUCAGGCCAUCGAGUCUGAUGGCCACGCGGAGACCUUGUUGAGUGGCCCCCGGAAACGCUACCACGGUGGGCCCUGGGGAUUGUAUGCCUGGACUGUCUAUUUGAAUCCGCUGGAGCUGCUACGGGAUGUCAGGUCGGCUCAUGUUAUGAUUCACAGUGCGCGGUCCAUGCAGAAGGUUCGUGCGAAGGAACAGGCGCAGGAGGGGGAGAUGGCGGGAUAUGAGACGAGGUAUGAUAGUGGCGAGGGGGCAAUGAGGACUUUGGCUUGA